UGGGGGUUGACGAUUGAGGCGUCCUUGGCCUGUGACUGCUCUUUGCUGAUCUCAGGGCUUCGAUCUUCAUCUUCCUUCCAAGCUUUGACAAUGGAACCAAAUUCAGACUCUGAGCACCACCUGAUGAUUGAACAGAACACCCCGCAAACUAUGCAAAUUGAUCCAAGGAGAGCCCGGUUUCCAUGCUGCAUUGUGUGGACACCACUUCCUGUUAUAUCAUGGCUAAUUCCUUUUAUAGGCCACAUGGGGAUAUGCAGAGAAGAUGGAGUCAUAUUGGACUUUGCAGGGCCUAAUUUUGUGUGUGUAGACAACUUUACAUUCGGGGCAGUUGCUCGUUACAUCCAAAUAAGCAAAGAGAAGUGUUGCAUUCGUUCCCAUCAGGCUGCCUACACAAGUGAAGAUGGGUACGAGCAAGAUGAGCCUGCAAGAGACUUAUUGACAUGGGAUGAUGCAACGCGGAAAAGCACUCAGGAAUUCCAGCACCGUGCUUACAAUCUUUUUACUUGCAACUGUCAUUCCUUUGUAGCCAACAAUUUGAACAGGAUGGGCUUUCAGUCCGGUGGGUGGAACGUGGUGAACCUCGCAGCUCUGAUUUUUCUCAAGGGACGUUGGGUCAGCAAAGCAUCAAUGAUCCAAUCUUACUUACCAUUUGUCAUCAUAUUUGGUCUGGGAAUCACCUUCGGAGGAUGGACUUUCAUAACUUUCUUGGCCUUCUUCACCUUCCUUCUUGUAGGUUGGUUUCUUCUUGGUACUUACUUCUUCAGGAAUUUGAUCCAGUUGUAGCCUUAUGGUGUGUACCAACUUUAGUUUACAAUUGCUUGUGGAUUUCAUGUAUGAUGUACCUAAAAUCACCAAAAAAUACUCUGAUUUGCACCAUUUUGGGAUUUGGAUGAGACAUUUUAUUCCUUAUCCCUAUGGAUGGUUUUUCACGCUGAUAAAUCUACAAUAUACAUGCAUUUUAAUUUAA